AACCUAAGGGCUCGCCGCCGGUGCUUGCGCCCGGGAACCCCUGCGCACGACUCGGGGAGGGAGACGGCGGUGUCCCCCUCCCCUUCCCCCGCAACCCACGCCGCCCCCCCCCCCCGCCGUGAGCCGACCCUCCCGGGCAUGGCCCCCAAACUCUCGGACUCAGUGGAGGGGCUCCGCGCUGCCGGCAACCAGAGCUUCCGCAACGGCCAGUACGCCGAGGCCGCGGCGCUGUACGAGCGCGCGCUGCGGCUGCUGCAGGCGCGAGGCGCUGGAGACCCUGGAGAGGAAAGUGUUCUGUACUCGAACCGCGCAGCGUGUCACUUGAAGGAUGGGAACUGCACCGACUGCAUCAAAGAUUGUACUUCAGCACUGGCCUUGGUUCCCUUCAGCAUUAAGCCCCUGCUGCGACGAGCAUCUGCUUAUGAGGCCCUGGAGAAGUACCCCCUGGCCUAUGUUGACUACAAGACUGUGCUGCAGAUUGAUAACAGUGUGGCGUCGGCCCUGGAAGGCAUCAACAGAAUAACCAGAGCUCUCAUGGACUCACUUGGACCCGACUGGCGCCUGAAGCUGCCCUCUAUCCCCGUGGUGCCUGUCUCAGCCCAGAAGAGGUGGAAUUCCUUGUCUUCAGGGAACCACAAAGAGACAGCUAAGAGCAAAUCCAAAGAAACCACAAAUACGAAAAGCAGAGUGCCUUCUGCUGGGGAUGUGGAGAGAGCCAGAGUUCUGAAGGAAGAAGGCAAUGAGCUUGUAAAGAAGGGCCACCAUAAGAAAGCUAUUGAGAAGUACAAUGAAAGCCUCUUGUUUAGUAACCUGGAGUCUGCCACUUACAGCAACAGAGCGCUGUGCCAUCUGGUCCUGAAGCAGUACAAGGAGGCAGUGAAGGACUGCACAGAGGCCCUUCAGCUGGAUGGGAAGAACGUGAAGGCAUUUUACAGACGAGCUCAAGCCUACAAGGCACUCAAGGACUAUAAAUCCAGCCUUGCCGACAUCAGCAGCCUCCUACAAAUCGAACCUAAGAAUGGUCCUGCACAGAGGCUACAGCAGGAAGUUAAUCAGAACUUGAACUAAAACCCCAAAGGGUAGCAAGAAUCUUACAUCUGACCUUCUUAGAGAAGCCAGGGGCCUUCUCCCCUGCAUCUGCCCCUGAUGUCCAGCAUGCCCCCAAGGGAGUUCUAAAGCACCCUUCCCUCAGCCUUUUGGAGAGGCGGUGGCCUUCCUAAGAGGCUUUGCUUGUUCAGUUAAGCCCAUCAGUAGACAAGCACAGGCCUUUUUGCCAGAACGGUCCCCACUGGAGCCGAAGUAUGAAGCCCAAGCCCUGAUCCCAUGCCCUUGCCUCAGAUAGCUCCUUGUCAACAAAGCACUCAGCAGUGUUCCAGAGCUGGUGUGCCACAGAUGGCGUGCUGCCCUGGGGCUUCCCCAGACACCACCUUUCUGCAGUGAGUCUGAGCAAAGAGCCGGGAGGGGUGGUGGUCACAGGUUAAAAGCCCUGGCCCAUCUACACCCAAAGCGGCCUGUUGAGCUGGUUCUCCAGGGCUGCCAUCUUCCAAAGGGUGCAGCUGCCGCUUGCAUCCUGUCCUUGGCACAGUGUCCUGUGUCUGAGCCCCAGUGCCUUCAGUCCAGGCCCUCCUUUGUGGGAAGGCAGAACCCUGACCCUUGGAGGUUCUGUCCUUGACUCUGCUGCUCCUGCCUUGUGUCUGAAGCUACCUAAGCUUUUCAGAAGCCCUGUGGUUAUGUCCAUUCCUCCUGGAUAGGGAGACAGGCCUCCUUGGGAUCAGUGUCCUUCCAUUCUGAGCAGGAACUUAACCCUUUCCCCCAAGCAGUGGCCCUCCAGGCUUCUUCGUUCUUUGUAAUAUGUUGAUGUUAAUUUGAACUGACUGAUUUUGUUGAACUGUGUGUUUAAGCUAUUGCAUUAAAAGGCUUUCUUCUACA